UUGAGGUAGCCGUUCUGGUGCUGAUCGGUUAAUUUGCAUUUAGAUUUUACUCCUUUUACUCUCCCUUCCCCCUUCCUCAGCGCCCUCUCAAAACAACGAACGGUCACACAACAAACAAUUGAACUCAAUCAGAGGCUACAGCGCAAUUAAAUGGUUAAAUUAGUGAAAGAUGUGCGAAAACUGCGCAGAGCUGUUGGACGUGUUAAAUGCAAUAUCUGAAACAGAAAGUAAUGAAGGACUACAGCUUAAAAAGGAACAUGCUCUCAAAAUAUUUAAUUACAUUAAUUCUUGGGCACAAAGGCAAUGCCUUUGUUGCUUCAAGGAGUACAAGCACCUGGAAAUCUUCAACCAGGUUGUUUAUGCCCUUAUCAAUAUGGUGACUGCUCAAAUCCAGGCUCUUCAAGACCAGUUGUGUAAAAUUUGCACUAGUAAUGAUUCAUCAUGGCAGGACCUGAAUCAGCAAAUCCAUGAACAGACUAAUCAGGAAGGAGAGUGUAAUAAAAAUGAAGACGAUAUUGGUCGAAAAUUGAAUGAUUUUGUGGAGAAAAAUACAAAUAAUAGAACAUGUGGGCGAACUGAUGAGGUUUCUACACGGAGCAGUGAUCCAUUUAGCGCAUGGAAUACAGAGGAAAAAGAAAAGUUGUUGUUAUGUGUGGCAAAGAUAUUUCAGAUUCAGUUUCCUUUAUAUACCGCCUACAAACAUAACACUCAUGCUACUAUAGAGGAUAUUUCAGCUCACGAAAGCAACUUAUUAGGGGCGUUUUGUGAUAUGAAUGAUGUGGAAGUACCUUUGCACUUGCUUCGCUAUGUCUGCCUCUUUUGUGGGAAAAAUGGCCUUACGCUUAUGAAAGAUUGUUUUGAAUAUGGAACACCUGAAACUCUUCCUUUUCCAAUAGCACAUGCAUUUAUUACCGUAGUAUCCAAUAUCAGGAUAUGGUUACACAUCCCAGCUGUUAUGCAACAUGUUAUACCUUUUAGAACUUACGUUAUUAGGUAUUUGUGUAAACUUUCAGACCAGGAAUUGCGGCAGAGUGCUGCACGCAACAUGGCAGAUUUGAUGUGGAGUACAGUCAAGGAACCUUUGGAUACUGCACUGUGUUUUGAUAAAGAGAGUUUGGAUCUUGCUUUUAAAUACUUCAUGUCACCAACUUUAACAAUGCGGUUGGCUGGUCUCAGUCAGAUUACAAAUCAACUUCAUACAUUCAAUGAUGUCUGUAAUAACGAAUCUUUGGUGUCAGAUACUGAAACGUCAAUUGCAAAAGAGCUCGCAGACUGGCUAAUUCAUAAUAAUGUUGUUGAACAUAUCUUUGGACCAAAUUUGCACAUUGAGAUCAUCAAACAAUGCCAAGUUAUCCUGAACUUUCUAGCUGCUGAAGGAAGACUUAGCACACAACAUAUAGACUGUAUUUGGGCAGCAGCACAGUUGAAGCACUGUAGUCGAUACAUCCAUGAUUUGUUCCCUUCUCUAAUUAAGCACUUGGAUCCUGUACCUCUCCGUCACCUUCUUAAUCUAGUUUCUGCUCUUCACCCAAGCGUCCACACAGAACAAACCCUAUACUUGGCAUCAAUGCUCAUUAAAGCCCUCUGGAACAAUGCACUUGCUGCCAAGGCUCAAUUAUCCAAGCAAAGCUCCUUUGCUUCUCUUCUUAACACAAACCUCCCUUUGGGAAAUAAAAAAGGAUCGCCUGCAGCUAGUCCACAGAGUAGUGACAACAGUGACACUCAUCAUAGUGGUGGCAGUGACAUUGAAAUGGAUGAGCAAAUGAUGAACAGGGCAAAGCGUGGACAACAGCGCCUCUCAGAUACAGAGGAAUCUAUGCAAGGAAGUUCUGAUGAGACUGCUAAUAGUGGUGAAGAUGCCAGUAGUGGGCCUGGCAGUAGCAGUGGGCACAGUGAUGGUUCUAGUAAUGAAGUGAAUUCAAGCCAUGCGAGUCAGUCAGCUGGAAGUCCAGGAAGUGAAGUCCGCUCUGAGGAUAUGGCAGAUAGUGAAGUCCUAAAAGAAGAAGAAGAAGAAGAUGAUGAUGAUGACGAUGAUGAUGAUGAUGGAGUUGAGAGCCCCCAGAAUGAGAGCAGGAAUCCUGAGUUACGAACUCUGAGUGCAGAGUCACAGCCAGGAAUUUGUAUGUCAGAAUCACCUGGUGGAACAGAAUGCGAUAGACCUAAUAGUGGAUCGGGCAAGGAUAUUGCUUAUAACUCUGAUACAGUUCCAUCAGGAGAGAAUCGAAUUCGACUUCUUGAUACUUGCUCACAUCCUGAGGACAAUGAACGUGAUAUGACAGGGGAAAUAAAUACUGUGCACAUAUCACAAGGUUCUCAGGAUUCUUGCAUUACUCGCACUGGAGAUUUCUUAGGAGAGGCAAUUGGAAAUGAAAUAUUUAACUGCAGACGUUUCAUUGGUCAGCAGCAUCAUCAUCAUGAUGGGCACUUGGGUGAUGAUAUGAUGAGUGCAGAUGAUGUCAGCUGCAGUAGUUCUCAGGUCAGUGCAAAGUCAGAAAAAAAUAUGGCAGACUUUGAUGGGGAAGAGUCAGGCUGUGAAGAAGAACUGGUUCAGAUUAAUUCUCAUGCAGAACUUACAUCUCAUCUUCAACAACAUUUACCCAAUCUUGCUUCCAUCUACCAUGAACAUCUCAGUCAAGCUCCCAGUGUACAUAAGCAUCAAUACAAUUCCAAUGCAAUAACGGAUGUCAAUUUAGACAAUGUUUGCAAGAAGGGUAAUACUCUUCUUUGGGACUUGGUACAAGAUGAAGAUGCGGUUCAUCUCUCAGAGGGAUUGAUAAAUGAAGCUGAGAAACUGCUGUGCUCCCUUGUGUGCUGGUUUACUGACCGGCAGAUUAGAAUGAGAUUCAUUGAAGGUUGUUUAGAAAACCUAGCGAAUGAUAGGUCAGUGGUAGUUUCACUUCGUCUUUUGCCUAAACUUUUUGGCACUUUUCAACAAUUUGGAAGCAGUUAUGACACGCAUUGGAUAACUAUGUGGGCUGAAAAGGAACUAAACAUGAUGAAACUUUUUUUUGACAACCUGAUACACUACAUUCAGGCAGUCAGAGAGGGUGCGCAUAAACAUGUGUUGUAUAGUCAUGGUGCUGAGGUGCAAGUUCGCCUGCAGUUUCUGACAUGUGUUUUUUCAACACUUGGAUCUCCAGAUCAUUUUAGACUAAGUCUUGACCAGGUGGAUAUCUUAUGGCAUUGCCUUGUGGAGGACCCUGAAUGCUAUGAUGAUGCUUUACAUUGGUUUCUAAAUCAAGUUCGCAGUAAAGACCAGCAUGCAAUGGGCAUGGAGACAUACAAACAUUUAUUUUUAGAAAAGAUGCCACAGUUAAAACCAGAAACUAUCAGCAUGACUGGUUUAAAUCUGUUCCAACAUUUGUGCAAUUUGGCUCGUCUUGCAACCAGUGCCUAUGAUGGUGGUUCUAGUUCAGAGCAGCUUUGUGGAAUGGAUCAACUCUGGGGCAUUGCAUUAAGGGCUCAAACAGCUGAUGUUAGUCUUGCUGCUAUUCAGUAUAUCAAUUCGUAUUAUAUUAAUGGUAAAACUGGCUUGGAGAAGGAGCAGGAAUUUAUCAGUAAGUGUAUGGAGAGCCUUAUGAUGGCAUCAGAAAAUCUUGAGAAAGAACCGCAGUCUAGUCUUACUAUUAUUGAAAGGGGACUGUUGAUGUUGAAAACACACUUGGAAGCAUUUAGGAGAAGGUUUGCUUACCAUUUACGGCAGUGGCAGAUAGAGGGUACGGGUAUUAGCAGUCACUUAAAAGCCCUUAGUGAUAAGCAGUCCUUACCGUUACGAAUUGUUUGUCAACCAGCAGGGCUGCCAGAUAAGAUGACUAUUGAAAUGUAUCCUAGUGACCAAGUUGCAGACUUAAGGGCUGAAGUUACCCACUGGUAUGAGAAUCUGCAAAAGGAACAAAUGAGUCAACAAGCUCAGCUUCAGGAAUUUGGCCAAAGCAGCCGACAAGGAGACUUUACUGGAGGUCUUAUGGGACCUGUGAGAAUGAUUUCCUCAGGACAUGAACUCACCACCGAUUAUGAUGAGAAAACACUGAAUGAACUUGGAUUUAAGGAUAUGCAGAUGGUAUUUGUAUCGCUUGGAGCACCACGUAGGGAGCGCAAAGGAGAUGGCAUUCAGUUGCCUGCAUCUUGUCUACCUCCACCCCAAAAGGAAAAUAUUCCAAUGCUUUUGCUCCUGCAAGAACCACAUCUUACUACCUUGUUUGACUUGCUUGAGAUGCUGGCAUCAUUUAAACCACCUUCAGUCGAUCAAACUAUGGAAGAUAGUGAGACUGUACGCUGUGAAGAAUUGCAUCUUCAUGCUGAAAACCUGUCAAGGCGUGUUUGGGAACUGUUAAUGCUUCUUCCUACCUGUCCAAACAUGCUACAAGCUUUUCAAAAUAUCUCCGAUGAACAGGGUAAUGAUGGACAUUGUUGGAAGGACUUGCUUCGAAUAAAAAGCCCUCAUAAGCUUUUGUAUGCGCUCGAAAUUAUUGAGGCCUUAGGGAAACCUAACAGGAGAAUAAGAAGAGCAUCAACGGGUAGUUACAGUGAUCUGUAUCCCGACUCAGAUGAUUCAAGCGAAGAUCAGAUAGAAAACAGUAAAAAUUCCUGGAGUUGCAAGUUUGUUGCUGCUGGGGGACUUCAGCAAUUACUGGAAAUUUUUUUGUCGGGAAUUUUGGAACCAAAGGAACAAGAAUCAUGGACUGUGUGGCAGCUAGACUGCCUUGCCUGUCUGCUGAAGUUAAUGUGCCAGUUCGCAGUUGAUCCAGGUGACUUAGAUCUGGCUUAUCAUGACAUCUAUGCCUGGUCUGGUGUGUCAGACAGCCAUAGAAAAAGAACUUGGCCUGGGAAAUCAAGGAAGGGAGCUGGUGAUCAUGGGAAAGCAUUACACAUACCUCGUUUAACAGAGAUAUUUCUCAGCCUGGUACACGGAUCUGGUUUGAUCUAUCGGCUAAUGUCUGUUGCCUACACUUAUAACAACUUGGCUCAUAGGAGCUGGAUAUCUGUAACGAAAAUAGAAAAUGCUGGAACGCUCAGCAGAGUGCUUAAAGCUCAAUCUGAUCAUCGAUCCAGGCAUGAAGUCACUCAUUAUGCCACGUGGUUAUUAGUGAGUUGGGCUCACUGCUGUUCGUUAGUCAAAUCCAGCAUGGCAGAUAGUGAACAUUUACAUGAUUGGCUGAAAAAAUUAACUCUUCUUGUGCCAGAGACCUCAGUUCGCCAUGAAGCUUGCAGUGGCCUGUACAAGUUGUGCCUUUCAGGUUUAGAUGGAGGAGAAUCAAUAAAUCGAUCUUUCCUUUUGCUAGCUGCUUCAACAUUGCUAAAAUUCCUUCCUGAUGCUCAAGCUUUGAAACCACUCAGGGAGAUAGAUUAUGAAGAAGAAUCAGUGCUGCGAGCAGGUUGCAAGGAAUAUUUCUGGUUACUCUGUAAACUGAUUGAUAAUAUCCAUGUAAAAGAUGCUAGCCAGACAACGCUGCUAGAUUUGGAUGCCUUGGCAAGACAUCUCGCUGAUUGCAUUCGCAGCAGGGAAAUUCUUGAUCAGCAGGACAGUAACACUGAAGAUGAUGGGCUUACAGGAUUACUGCGUCUUUGCACUGUAGUCAUAAAGCACAAGCCUCCUUUUAAAUUCUCUCGAGAAGGACAGGAAUUCUUAAGAGAUGUGUUCAAUCUCCUGUUUUUACUGCCAAGCUUGAAGGACAGGCAGCAACCAAAGUGCAAGUCCCAUUCUUCCCGAGCAGCAGCCUACGAUUUACUAGUGGAAAUGGUGAAGGGGUCAGCAGAAAAUUACAGAUUGCUGCACAAUUGGGUGAUGGCUCAGCACAUGCAGUCAUCUCAUGCACCAUACAAGUGGGAUUACUGGCCUCAUGAUGAUGUGCGAGCUGAAUGCAGGUUUGUGGGUUUGACAAAUCUUGGAGCAACCUGUUACUUGGCAUCCACCAUUCAACAGCUGUAUAUGAUACCGGAGGCCAGACAGGCUAUUUUUACAGCUAAGUAUUCGGAAGACAUAAAGCAUAAGACAACCCUACUUGAACUGCAAAAAAUGUUCACUUAUCUCAUGGAAAGUGAACGUAAAGCAUAUAAUCCAAGACCAUUCUGCAAAACAUACACCAUGGACAAACAGCCUCUGAACACUGGAGAGCAGAAAGAUAUGACUGAAUUUUUCACUGAUCUAAUAACAAAAAUUGAAGAGAUGUCUCCUGAUUUGAAAAACACAGUGAAAAGCUUAUUUGGAGGAGUUAUAACGAACAAUGUUGUAUCACUGGAUUGUGAACAUGUUAGCCAGACAGCUGAGGAAUUUUACACAGUUCGAUGCCAAGUAGCUGAUAUGAAAAACAUUUAUGAGUCACUUGAUGAAGUUACUAUUAAAGAUACUCUGGAAGGUGAUAACAUGUACACUUGUUCUCAAUGUGGGAAGAAAGUACGGGCAGAGAAAAGGGCUUGUUUUAAGAAAUUACCACGAAUCUUGAGUUUCAAUACCAUGCGAUAUACUUUCAAUAUGGUUACAAUGAUGAAAGAGAAGGUCAACACUCAUUUUUCUUUUCCCCUCCGUCUUGACAUGACUCCAUAUACUGAAGAUUAUCUUAUGAGAAAGAAUGACCGAAUUGAUGGUUUGAAAGAGGAUGGUACAGUUAAACAAAGUGAAAGCUUUGAGUAUGAUUUGAUAGGAGUGACUGUGCACACAGGAACAGCAGAUGGAGGACAUUACUACAGUUUUAUCAGAGAGAUUGUGAAUCUUCAUGCUUACAAAAACAAUAAAUGGUAUCUCUUUAAUGAUGCUGAGGUAAAGCCAUUUGAUUCUGCCCAACUUGCCUCUGAGUGUUUCGGUGGAGAAAUGACAACCAAAACCUAUGAUUCUGUCACAGACAAGUUCAUGGAUUUUUCCUUUGAAAAGACACACAGUGCAUACAUGUUGUUCUAUAAACGUGUGGAGACAGAGGAAGAAAAUGGGAAGGAAUGCAGCUUUGAUGUUUCACCAGAACUUUUGGAGUGGAUCUGGCAUGACAACAUGCAGUUUCUACAGGACAAGAAUAUCUUUGAACAUACUUACUUUGGAUUUAUGUGGCAGUUGUGCAGUAGCAUCCCAAGCACGUUACCUGACCCAAAGGCAGUAUCGCUGAUGACUGCAAAGCUUAGUACCUCUUUUGUCCUGGAAACUUUUAUCCAUUCCAAAGAAAAGCCCACUAUGUUGCAAUGGAUCGAACUUUUGACAAAGCAGUUUAACAACAGCCAAGCAGCUUGUGAGUGGUUUUUGGACCGAAUGGCUGAUGAUGACUGGUGGCCAAUGCAAAUCCUUAUUAAGUGCCCAAAUCAGAUUGUGAGACAGAUGUUCCAGCGUUUAUGCAUUCAUGUAAUUCAGAGGCUCCGACCAGUUCAUGCUCAUCUCUAUUUACAACCAGGAAUGGAAGACAGUUCUGAUGAUAUGGAUGGCCCAGUGGAAGAUAUAGGAAGUCGUUCAUGUGUAACUAGGUUUGUGAAGACACUAUUGUCCAUAAUGGAGCAUGGAGUCAAACCUCACAGCAAACAUCUCACCGAAUAUUUUGCCUUCUUGUUUGAGUUUGCCAAAAUGGGAGAAGAAGAGAGUCAGUUUCUUUUGUCCUUGCAAGCAAUAUCAACAAUGGUACAUUUUUACAUGGGAACAAAGGGACCGGAAAAUCAGUUUCCCCAACCACAAGUUGAGGUUUUAUCUGAAGAAGAGGGUGAGGAGGAAGAGGAGGAAGAAGACAUUUUAUCUUUAACAGAAGAGAAGUACAGGCCUGCAGCACUAGAGAAGAUGAUUGCCUUGAUUGCACUUUUGGUAGAACAGUCUCGUUCUGAAAGGCAUCUGACUUUGUCACAGAAUGAUAUGGCUGCCUUGACAGGAGGCAAGGUAUCGUCAGUAGACGUAGAACUGGGUUUCCCAUUUUUGUUUCAGCAUAUCCGUGAUGGAAUCAACAUUAGACAGACCUGUAAUUUGAUCUUCAGCCUCUGCCGCUACAAUAAUCGACUUGCAGAACAUAUCGUUUCUAUGCUGUUCACAUCGAUAGCAAAGCUGACUCCUGAGGCUGCACAGCCUUUCUUUAAACUGUUAUCCAUGUUGAUGGAAUUUGCUGGUGGACCACCUGGAAUGCCUCCAUUUGCUUCUUAUAUUCUUCAGAGAAUUUGGGAGGUUAUUGAAUACAACCCUUCUCAAUGCUUAGACUGGUUAGCUAUGCAAACACCUCGCAAUAAGCUUGCUCACAGCUGGGUACUUCAAAACAUGGAGAACUGGGUGGAGCGUUUUUUGCUGGCACACAACUAUCCUCGAGUCAGAACGUCUGCAGCUUACCUCUUGGUUUCACUCAUUCCAAGUAAUUCGUUCCGUCAAAUGUUCCGAUCUACACGUUCCUUGCACAAUCCUACACGUGAUUUGCCUCUUAGUCCAGACACAACUGUUGUUCUUCAUCAGGUGUACAAUGUUCUCUUGGGACUGCUUUCAAGAGCCAAGCUAUAUGUUGAUGCUGCUGUUCAUGGCACCACAAAAUUAGUACCUUAUUUCAGCUUCAUGACCUAUUGUUUGGUCUCAAAGACUGAGAAGUUGAUGUUCUCUAGUUAUUUUAUGGACCUGUGGAAUCUCUUCCAGCCUAAGUUGUCUGAACCUGCUAUUGCAACAAACCACAAUAAGCAGGCUUUGCUCAUUUUCUGGUAUAAUGUGUGUGUAGACUGCCCAGAAAAUGUGCGCUUCAUUGUACAGAAUCCCGUUGUGACAAAAAACAUUGCUUUUAAUUACAUUUUGGCUGAUCACGAUGACCAAGACGUUGUUCUGUUUAACCGUGGGAUGCUUCCUGCAUAUUAUGGGAUUUUGCGCCUGUGCUGUGAACAAUCCCCUGCUUUCACACGGCAGUUAGCUUCUCAUCAGAAUAUUCAGUGGGCAUUCAAAAAUCUUACACCUCAUGCAAGCCAAUAUCCAGGGGCUGUAGAAGAACUAUUCAAUCUUAUGCAGCUAUUUGUAGCUCAGAGACCAGAUAUGAGAGAAGAGGAACUGGAAGACAUUAAACAAUUCAAAAAAACCACCAUUAGCUGCUAUUUGCGAUGUCUGGAUGGGCGCUCAUGCUGGACUACACUUAUUAGUGCCUUCAGAAUUCUCUUGGAGACAGAUGAAGAUAGAUUGUUAGUUGUUUUCAAUCGGGGUCUGAUUCUGAUGACAGAGUCUUUUAAUACUUUGCACAUGAUGUACCAUGAGGCUACAGCUUGCCAUGUAACUGGAGACUUAGUGGAACUUCUCUCUAUUUUUCUAUCUGUUUUGAAAUCAACUCGACCGUAUCUACAGCGGAAAGAUGUUAAACAAGCCUUGAUCCAGUGGCAGGAAAGAAUUGAAUUUGCUCACAAGCUUCUCACGUUGUUGAAUUCCUAUAGCCCUCCAGAACUUCGAAAUGCUUGUAUAGAUGUUUUAAAAGAACUUGUUCUUCUGAGUCCUCAUGAUUUCCUUCAUACUUUGGUACCAUUCCUUCAGCACAAUCAUUGUACAUACCACCAUAGUAAUAUACCAAUGUCUUUAGGCCCCUAUUUUCCUUGUCGUGAGAACAUAAAGUUAAUGGGUGGAAAGAAUAAUAUCCGCCCUCCCCGUCCAGAACUCAAUAUGUGCCUCUUGCCCACAAUGGUGGAAACUAGCAAGGGAAAAGAUGAUGUUUAUGAUCGUGUGCUAGUCGAUUACUUCCUUUCAUAUCAUCAGUUCAUCCAUCUCCUGUGCCGAGUAGCAGUGAACUGUGAAAAAUUUACAGAAACCCUGGUGAAAUUAAGUGUCCUGAUAGCAUAUGAAGGUUUACCUCUGCAUUUAGCAUUAUUCCCUAAACUGUGGACAGAGAUUUUCCAGUCUCAGUCAACUAUGGCAAAGAAUUGUGUUAAACUGCUGUGUGAUGAACCAGUAUUUGCUGAAUAUAUUAAGUGUAUUCUUAUGGACGAGAGGAUCUGUUUAAACAACAAUGCAGUUUAUACCUUUCUUGCUUGUUUCCUCCCCAAGGUUCAGAAUCAGGUUUUUUCCAGUUCAAACUGUUCCAGUUUGAUCAAUAAUUUAAUCACAAGCCUAAUAAAUGAAUACCAUAACAUUGAGCCAGAGCUUCUGGGACAGCGUGUUGAAAUCUAUAAAGUUGGUGCAAUUUUAAAUGGGGAUAUUCGAGCUCUUGCUUUGCUGCUUUCUGUACACACACCCAAACUACUGGAUUCAGCUCUAAUCCAGACACUUCAGGAUUUGUUAAACAAAUGUAGAACAUGUCAGCAACAGAAAAAUGCUUUACAGGAGCAAGAAGCAAAAGAAAGGAAGACAAAGGAUGAUGAAGGAGCCACUCCUGUUAAAAGGAGACGUGUAAGCAGUGAUGAAGAACAUCCGCUGGACAACAGCACAGGACAUAGCACGCCCAGCGACACUCGGACAGAACCUAGGGAUGCAUUAACCCCCGGCAGUACCUCAGACACUGAAACUAGAGACUCAACAGUCAUUGAUCCAGGCACCGAGCAAGACCCACCAACCCCUGAUCCUAUUUCUAUUAAAGAAGAUAAAUUGGAAGUUUCUUCCUUGAGUGCACAUGAGACAUUAAUCAGCAAUAGGCCCCAGGACACUGUAGAACAAUUGCAGGGAGAUGAUGCAGCAGACAAUUGUAAAGUGGUGAAGGAACUACUAAGUUCAGAAAAGGAAACUAGUGUGAAUGAAGAUGAUUCUGACUCUCCCUCUACACCACCACCUGCUGCUACAGUUUUAUCUGAUCUGACUGACCUUAGGAACUGUGAGGCUCAAAAUCUGGCGUCAUUUGACCCAGAAACAGGUUUAUCCAACAGCUGUACCCAUUCCAGAGGACUUUUUAACAUGCAACAGCAGGACCUUUUAGAUAAUUUGUGCAGGACCAUUGAAUCUACUAUUAGUGCAGUCACACGAAUAUUGAGCAGAGGGAACCAACCCACUUCUUGAUGAGACUACUAGCAUGACUAGUUUUGUCCUUUUAAAUACAGUUUGAGUUUAGUUUAAUUCUGUUCUGCCUGUUGAAUAUGAUGCUUUGUGCUUCACUGUCAAGUGACAUUUUUCUUGCUUGAAUGCCUGUUAGCUAUUUGUAUGAAGAAGCAUCUCAGCCAUGAGAGAAAUCCAGUGUGUUGCGGUUAUGCGCUUGAAGAUGUGAUAAGUGGAAAACUAAACACAAAUUUCUAGAUAACUUAAUGCAAAGGCAUUUACAGCAUAUUUCUCAAGGGAAAUCAUAUUAAUGGUCAGCUUUUACAUAUAAGUAAUUUGUUGUGGCUUUUCAUCCAGAUUUGGGGUGUAUCUAGGUGUGAAGGGUUACGGAGAUUUUUGUUCUUCUCACAUUGUAUGAUGUAAUUUAAAAUAUUGCAUUUUUACUGUGUAUAAUAUUGUGUCUUUUGUUGCCGGUUUUUGUACUCUAUUAAGGAGGCCAAGUUGCCUCAAAUCUCCGUGGUUCUAUUAUCCAAAUUAAGUUGUUUACUUGUAUACUAAACCAACCACGAUUAAUUUGAUUCUGUUAAGAAUCCUCUGUAGACAUGAACUGGCAUAAAUAACGUGCUUUAUCUGACAGGUUUCCCAUGGUGGAAAUAAAGCACACAAAAUAAAAAUUGGAACUUUAUAUUGUUCUCCAUGUUUUUUUGAUGCACACAAAUUGCCAAAUGUUAUGAAUAAAAUGAAGACAAUAAUGGAUUAAUAU